UGUGUUUGAGUGUGCCCUACCUCUCAAGUUUGAGGUUUCUGUAGGAUCAGUCUUACGAGCAUGCAGCUGUUCCGUUACCUGCCUCAAUCUUCAGAGAUCACCAAAGACAGAUAGUGCCUCUGAGACAACACUUACCCACAAGAAACUGUGUGUGUGCUUAUGUGAGAGAAAUGAGAGAGAGACACGGUGUGUGUGUGUGUGUGUGUGCGUAUGUGAGAGAAAUGAGAGAAAAAUAGACAGUGUGAGACAGAGGGAAAAAAGAGUGUGAUAAUGAUAUAGACAGAGUGUGUGUGUGUGUGAGCGAGAAUCUGUGUGUGUGUGUGUGUGAGAGAGAGAGAGUCUGUGUGUGUGUGUGUGUGUUUGUGUGUGGCAAAGAGAGUCUGUGUGUGUGUGUGUGUGUGUGUGGCAGAGAGAGAGUGACUAUGUGUGUGCGUGUGUGUGUGGCAGAGAGAGUCUGUGUGUGUGAGAGAGAGAGUCUGUGUGCGUGUGUGUGUGUGUGUGUGUGUGUGUGUGGCAGAGAGAAAGAGAUUGUGUGUGUGUGUGUGUGUGUGUGAGAGAGAGAGUCUGUGUGUGUGUGUGUGUGUGUGGCAGAGAAAAGGGACUGUGUGUGUGUGUGUGUGUGUGGCAGAGAGAAAGAGACUAUGUGUGUGUAUGUGUGUGUGUCUGGCAGAGAGAAAGAGACUAUGUGUGUGUGUGUGAGAGAGAGAGCAAGAAAUGAAAGAGAAAGAUAGACAGUGUGGUGUGAGAGGGGGGGGGAGGGUAGCGAGCAAAGCAUCCGUAGAAGUCAAGAGUGCAGUGAAGUCCUGGUAUCUGAGGAAACAAGAGCUCUUGUCUGGCGAACACUCCGGCACUCCACAGCGGACUGUCCUGCAGACGAAACGGACAGGAUGUGCAGCAGGGUGGACAGGACAGGAUACCCCCCGCCCCUGCCUGUAAAACAGCGCAGGAGCGUGUACUCUGGAGGCUCCAGCACAGGGUCCAGCUUGGACAUGGAGCUGGAGAAGGAGCAGCACAGCCCCCUGGGGUCCCUGCGGGAGGCGGGGACCCCCUCCUUCUCUGACGUCUUCUCCACGUCCGACUGCCACGCGCCACGGUGCCCGAUACACAGCGCAGGCCCUUUGUCAGGUCACCAAGAGAGGUUUUUCUCAGAGAACACCCCACCACCGGUGCCUAAGAAGAGGCUGGCCCGCGCCCUGUCCCUACCGGGGGGGUGUCUCCACCCCCGAUGCACCCAGCCCUCCACGCUCCAAAACUACGACAACCACCUCUACAUGCUGGCCCCUAUCAGGGACAGCCAGCCGGAUGUGGAGCGCGAAACCCGGAAGCCGGCCCGCGAGUCGCCACCCCAACGUCAGCCCCUGUGUCUCCUGACCUUCCACACGCCCGACCAGCAGUUGCCCCGCUUCUUCAAGAGCCUCCAAGACCAGGAGCAGGUCUCUCUGGACAUCCAGCAGUGCCACCUUCUGUUCCUGAGGCGCACCGUGCUGCGGUUAGAAACGCGCUGGCUCGCCGGGGCCGAGUCCCCAAAGGGGAUCGAGUCCCUUCGACCGCACGACUUCCUACUCUGCGAAGGCUACCGGUCAAAGGAGAUAGGGGAUGCUGUUUUCCACGCUGUACGUUGCCCGAAAUUGCCUGGGAGGGUGUUUUCCGCCAAGGUUUAUAGACCAGGAAGCGAAGGCACUGCGUUGGCCCAUUCCAAACCGCUGCCUCCCCACAUCAAUAUUCAGCAGCUCUUUGUGCGUUUUCCACAAUGCACCGAGCCAGAGAAAGAGGAACCGCAAUCCUCCAACGGGCCUGCAGGGCCCCAGCAGUGCGACGGGCUGUUCCCGCAGCGGCCAGACGGUGGCAGCACUGAGGCGGGCCGGCGGCCGCGCACGGUCGCCUCCCUGCUGUCUGAGGGCUACGGGGCGGACGUGGAGAGGGAGCUGCCGCAGGCGACGCUGGAGGACUUUGUGCGCGACGGGCUCUCCCUCCGCCGCUCCCGGCCGCAGCUCUACGAGAGGCAGCUGGGCCUCCUGCUCCUGCAGCUGACCCAGGCCCUGCUGCACCUGCGCAGACACGGGGCCGGCUGCGCAGACCUGCGGCCCAGCGACGUCACGCUGGCGUGGCCCGCGACGGAGGGAGGGACGGAGGGAGCGGGAGCGGAGAGCACGGAGGGGGAGAGUCUCAGCACCCCCGUACAGAAACUGUGGGAGAGGCGGGGCCCCCCGCGGGCGGUCAUAACCGCGCUCCGACCGCGGUCCGAACGUGACGCGGGCGCGGAUUCCGAAGAGGUCCGGCUCGGACGUCUGCUGCAGCGCUGCCUGCAUCUCCCGGAGACCCCCGUCACCCCGGACCCCGGACCCGCCGCCAGGGACCCCCCGGGGCUGCUCCAGCUGGCUCUCCUGCUCCAGGAGCCGGAGAGCGGGGUCGGAACGGCGGAGGCAGCCGGGAUCCUGCAGGCGCUCCUCUGGGGUCCACACACGGAGCUCCUCCAGGAGGCCCAGCCUGGGGCCUGGGUCUCGCUGCUGGGCAGCUGGCUGUCGGUGAAGCGCUCUCUAGUGGUGCAGAAGCUCUCAGAGCUGGCUCUGUCCGGGGGAGACGGAGGGCCUGACCACGAGGACACCCUGUGCCUGCAAUACCUCUCCGUGGCAGAGCCUGAGGCUGUGCUGAAGAUCGCCGCCCUGCUGGGGCUACCCCACACUGCGCACUAAGAUGUCUACAUCCGUUACGGCAGUUGUAUCUUUACCACAAUUCCUGGCUCUUGUAAGACAUUUCGGAAAUUAUUUCCAGCACAUUACGGGUUUUGUUAAAUGUUUUUCUCAGGAAUACUCCUCUUAUUUCACUUUGUACCUCAAUGUAUACCUACAAACAGUUGAAUCCUUGUGAGCCUAAAGACAUCCUUUAUAUGUCUUUAUAUAAGUAUAUACUGAAAGGAAUUAUCCUAAUCUUGACUAUUGCAAGUUUGCUUUUGCAUCUUUUUAUUGAAUAAAGCGAGGGGUUCUACUUCAGGAAA